CUAGUGGCGGGGCCACAAAUUACAGCUACACUUUCCCGCUGGUGACCACGCUGACCCGUGGAUGACCUCACCAAAACGCACAGAAAAACUUUUGUUUGUUAACGUCACUUUGAAAAAUAUAUCUUAAAUCGAACCAGGUAAAUUGUUUUGCCGUGAGAGUGGAUUUCUACAGAGCUUUGAGGCUCGCAAACGUGGAUGGCAAAAUGUGGUGCUACCAAAAACCUGGGUUCAAAGUGCUCCUCCUCGCCGAGCUGCAGAGACAACAGCAAUGCAGCCAGUUCUGUGACACUCUACUCAAGGCAGAAGGUGUUUCAGUACCGGCACACAGCUGUAUUCUCUCAGCUGUCAGCCCCCACAUCUCCUCAGCUCUGUCCUCGGUGCCAGCGCCUCCUGCAGGACAGAGCCGUCUCCUGGAGUUUCAGACUCUUGGCGCCUGCACCCUUCUCCACAUGGUCAGACUGCUGUACUCUGGAGAGAUGGCAGGGGAGGGGGAGAAGGAGAAGCAAGAGGCUAUUUCAGCUGCAGCCAAACUGGGUAUCCAUGGGCUGGUGGAGGUGACAAAAAGGAAAAGCAGAAAUGAGGGAGGAGGGGUUCAGCACGCGGAGGUGGGAGUCCAGACAGAGCCACUGAUGCCUGUGGAGAGCGAGAGGAGGCAGAGCAGGUGGAGGAGAGACGUGAGGGAUGGGAGCACUGUUCUAUGGAAAGAGAUACUGUCAAAUGGUGAAAAAGAUAUGUGCACUCAGACAGAUGAGCUGCAGGUGAACGUACCUCUGCCUACUCAUACAGCAGUCUCCUUGGACACCAUUGAUGUGACUGUUCUCCAGGAGUUAGGGUUAGGACAGACAGACUCCCAGCUUGUACCAUCUCAAAUUCCCUACAUCCCCAUACCUGCCGUCUACCCACCAGAUGAAAACCAAAUUCCCCAACCUUCCUCUGCUCCUCCUGCCUUUAUGCAAGACCCCACAGCAGCUCGAUACACAUCUGUUGCUGCUGUGGCAAUGCCAUACACCUCCACACCCCCGUCCCUCCUUCCUUUUACUGCCCAGUUGGGCCCAUGUGCUGCAGACCCUGAGAACUGGUGGACUGGCACUCAAGAAGCAGCCAAAAAUGUCACAGCAGGUGAAGAAGGGGAUGAGCGGUUUGAGAUGUUCCAAGACAAUAUCGCAGGAUUUAUCAGCUAUUUCCUGAACUCAGACCAGGAGCACGUUUGCACGGAGCAAGGAGGGAGGCAAGCAGGAGCGAGAGGCGCCAGGAGAGCCAGGACAGGCCAGAGACACACCAGGAGACCACGAGCAACAGGAGGGAGGGGGAGAGGACGGUUCACACAGACGGUGGCUGUGCAGGAUGUGGGGAUGAGCAGGCUGCAGAAGCUGUUCCUGAAGAAGGAGAGGGUGAGGACAUCCAGGGCAGGUCAGGGUGGAGGAGCUGUGGGCAGGAAGUUGUACCUGAAGACAAGAGAGUUUCUGACAUCAGCGAAGAGCUGUCAGAGGACAAGAAGGCGUGGCAAAGUGUGGGAGUUCAGUGAGACUGGAGACACACUGCCCUACAGUGAGAAAGGAGGAGGAGGAGGUGCAAAGAGUGGAAGGAAAACCAGAGCACAGCAGCGAAACCAGGACAGUCUCCCAGUGGGCACAGCCCAGAGGGCAAGAGCCAGACCAGCUACGCCAGUGUCCUUUUCUCCCUUUCCCAUGCAACUCUACAAUGGGGUAUCAGCCUCCAGCCCUUCCCUCCAGCCUCCUCCGUCUGCCAGCCUGCUGUCAUCUGCUGCUUCCUAUGUGUCUCCAACAUCCUCUCUCCUCCACACCACCUCCCACUCUCCACCCAGUGAGGACCAGUUCGAGCACAUCGAUCAUCUUCUGGAGGAAGUGAUGAUGGGCCUCCACAUUUUACCAAACGGCAACAGCAGUGGCACCAAGUGUGCUCAGCCUCCUAUUCCAACCAGCAGCAGCAGGUGCACCUGUGCCUCCUCUGGGACUAAUUUGGCCCAAAACAAACAACAGGACCAUACCACUGGCUUCUUAGAAGCAGGACCAGGGGUUCAUGGGUCCACACAGGUUGUUAAUAUAGCAGGAGGAACUUGCGAUUCCAAUUCUAUAGCCAGUGAGGUGCCUGUUCUGCAGCAGCACCAGGAGGGUGAGCUGAAUGACAUGCUGAAUAACUUCCUCCAGUUAUUUGAGCAGCACAUUAACAGCUGCAGUGCCAGGGAAGACGAACAGAUGGAUGAUGAGAGCUCCUCAGUAGCUAGCCAGCCUUACAGUGACCUGAGCAAAUACAGAAAAACCACAACCACUCCCACUCCUCCUCUGCAGAAUAAACACAGUCGUCAGCCAGUUGGAUGCCCUCGAACAACUGCACUGCAACAGAGCGGGGCUGCUGCUCACAGCACCCAUCCCCCAAAACAUACUAAGGGGACCACUAGUAAAGCCAGAGCACCAGUAAGGAGGGGCAGAACAAGCCAACUUAUGUUCUCAUUAGGGAGAGAGGUUGUGAGAGGGAGGAAGUCAGUGUCAUCGAAUGAUGCAAAGACCAAAAUCCCUCAUGAACAAAAAGACAAGCAGCUCCAGCAGGUUCCUGUAGUCAUACUGGAGAGAAGUCUGGUGCUCGGGCACUGUCAGAGUCAUGACGUCAAGAGUCCUGCAAAAACAAAGACAAGUUCAGCAUCAGUGAAAUGCUCACAGGACAGGUCAUCUAAAAAGAACCAGUCAGUGUGGUGGAGCACAAAGACGUACCCAAUCAGGAGCAGGUUGGGGGAAGCUAAGGACAGUACUACUUUUCUUAAAGAGCCACGAGCACCCUCAACAGGCCAACCAGGCGUCAGGAAAAGCAGGCCCAAGAAAAAUGGACAGCUUCCCAGUUCAUCUAAUGGUGAGAGUUCAUCAUUACCAAUUCAGCCACAGUUUGUGGAUCCCUGUGGCAUGGAAGAACAAUUAGAGAAUGAUCAAGAGAGACAGGAAGAAGAAUUGACUGUUCAGCCACAAGAAGAGGCAGAUGGACCUACACGGAGGGGAAAGAGGACAACGGUAGAGUCAGAGGAGACAAGCGAUGAUGCCACUGUGGUCAAGAGGGUUUGCUUUGAGCAAGUGGCACAGCCGGCCACUGAAACACCCUUACCAAGCUUCGAAUCUGCUGACUGUGAAGCAGGAACUGUAGAAACAGAGGAUGUGAUUGAUGUAGAGACUGUUUCCCUUACCGGUGUAGGACACUGUUUACAAAGAGAUGAACAAGAAGAGAACCCAGUGUGGAGUAAAAGCACAGUCAGUCAAAGUGAGGAGAGCUUGCUAGAUGAAGAGACGGAGAGCAGCAAUGCUGAGUUUAUCGAAGUGGAUGAAGACUCUGAUGGAAUAAAUGACCUGGAGAAAGAUACAGGUGACUGCCACGAGUGGGUAGAAAAAGACCGCGACCAGGGCGGAGCUGCACCAGUUAUGUCCCAGUUUGUUUCGCCUCCUUUACAUUUUGCAGAACAGGCCAGUUUAGGGUCGGCAGUAAGCAGAGAAGACGAGGACAUCGAUGUGAUCGGAGGUUCCAGUCCCGCCCCUGAGCCAGUGUUCAUCAGCUGGACAGAGUCUUCAGAAGGCGAGAAAGAUACAGAACAGGCCAGUUUAGGGUCGGCAGUAAGCAGAGAAGACGAGGACAUCAAUGUGAUCGGAGGUUCCAGUCCCGCCCCUGAGCCAGUGUUCAUCAGCUGGACAGAGUCUUCAGAAGGCGAGGAAGAGGAUGAAGACGAGGACAUAGAUGUUGAAGAAAAGACACACUGUGCUUCAUCAGUGCUUUGUGCUGCUGCGAGUGAAGGUGAGCUUGUUAACAGAAAUCAUCUGACCAACAUGCUCUCCCGUUAGCAUCUGUGACGUCCAGUCCGUUUUAUUUUCUUCUUAUCGUUUUCAGUUAUUUCUCACAUUUCCCAGAAAAUAUUGCUGAAUCGGUUUCAUUUGGCUGAGUUUUAGAGACAGGUAGAGAAGAGAUAGAGACAAACGUGGUUUCAGCAUAAAUAUUUGUUUUUAGCAAUGUCCUGAGUGGCUCCUGUUUUUAUUGUGUUCAUCUGACAGUCACGUGAAGGAUUUGCGUUUUCCCUUCAGCGGUGUUUAAGAAAAGAAAAGCUGUGAGCUGUUUGUUUGGAUUGAAAGAUUAAUGUGGUGAAAACCUGACAAGAAAUAAAUAUGCAAUAUAAGCAUAAAGACAACAAACGAACUGUAUAGUUUUGUGUAGACAUUGAAUUUCAGCUCUGUAGUUGAGAACAGACACCUUGUGAAGCUGUCAAAGGUCACUGAGCUCAUUCAUUUCUGUGCUUUGUAGAUGUUUAGCCAUUGAUUUUAUAUGAAGACAAGCUUGUUACUGCUAAGGUCAGUAAGUUCUAACUGGUAAACGGAUACGUUCAGCAAAGUUUAACCGGCAAGUGUUGAAAACAACACUGAUCAAAGAGUUUAGAAAGAGAUUUCACUGCAGGUGUCUGUACCAUGAAAGGCAUCGAGUGUUUUAUUACUUGUAAAUACGACUGUGACUGUAGAAGUUGUAACUAUGACUGAGAAUGUCGAUCUCUGUUCUGCCACAGUUUGCAAAUGUUCCAGAAAACCCGUCUUCCUUCUUCUACUGUCAGGUCAUUUUUGACACAAGGACAAUUUUUGCAAUAAAGAUUUCUUUUUUGUUGUUUUUUCUGGUGUGGAAUCACCUCUAUGCAACAGUACACGUGCUUAUUCUUUAUAUCGACUCUACUUGACUUGCACCUGAGGCUCAUCUAUUGAUCAAUUUUAGGAUUUUUCAGAUUAUUAAAUGGCAGUGCAAUAUGUACAAGUCAGUAAGCCCAAUAGCGUUGGAAUCACACAGGCACUGUCACAACUAAAAUAAGUGGUC